AUGACGAAACGCACGAAGAAGGUCGGUGUGACCGGUAAAUACGGCACUCGUUAUGGUGCUUCCCUCCGAAAGCAAGUCAAGAAGAUGGAAAUCACCCAACACGCCCGAUAUAUCUGCACCUUCUGCGGAAAGAACAGCGUCAAGAGACACUCAGUUGGAAUCUGGAACUGCAAGGGCUGCGGAAAGACAGUUGCUGGCGGCGCAUGGACAGUUUCCACCCCAGCUGCCGCUGCCACAAGAUCGACGAUUCGACGACUGAGAGAAAUUGCCGAGGUGUAA